ACACGGGACGUUCAGAUCUUAGUCGCAAGUCCACUUGAAUCGUUCGUUCAGGAUACUACAUAAUUCUACAGGAGAAAAAAAGCCACUGUUUCUUCAUCGAUCCACAAUGGCACUUACGAGUUCCGCAUCGCUUUCAUUGUUACUGAUGGCAACAGUCUGUUGUCUAACAGUGACUGCAGCCGAGGAGGAUCUUCCGCAAGCAGGAGAAAACCGCGAAUCCAAACAACUUUUAUUUGCACCCCAGUUCUAUCCUUCGCCGCAAUCCCAAUACUAUUAUCCUGAAAGCAGUCUUUAUGGAAACCCGUUUAUGUCACCUUCGGAAAGAGAAUUCCUCAGCCAACAGAGUAGAGUACCGAGUUGGCCUUGGUCGUAUCCCUCGUAUCCCUCAUUUUUGCCAUCAGGCGACAGUGAUCCAAUUGAUGCUGCAUGGAGGGUUAACGACGGGAUUGAUGACAAAGAUAAACUAAAAUGGUGGAAAAAGCGAUUCAACAGACAAGCACUCAUUACUAUUCGACCGGCAGCAGGAGAGUGCCGCCUUGCUGAUAUAGCUACUAAUGGUCUUGGUCCUUGCAAAAGUGCAACCGAUGCGCAUCACGGAACUCUCGAGAUCAAACUGCAAGCUGCGAAUCAGGUUGCGGUAGUUGGAAUCACCGCAAGCUCAUCGGUGAACACCAGAAUCAGACUGAUUUGCACCGAUUUAACUGCUGUAGCAGUCUUCACGAACACGGGCCAAAUCGCUUCUGUAUCAGAUACACCAAGAACCGAGAUUGGAUCUAUGCAACUAGUAGUGACAAGUACUGCCGCCAACGGUGUAUUGAGGUGCAACUGGCGAUCAUAUUAUUAUUACACGGCUGCAUAUCCUUGAGGAUCGUACAUCCGCAGGCUACAGCCUACAGCGUAUUGCUUAAGCUCAAUUCCGUUGCUUAAAAUCGUCAUUAAUGAGUCAGUGUAUAGACUACAUAUAGAGACGAUUUAUGGUAGUAUUUAUUUCAUUCCCCCAAAAAGGUCUGAUUUUAGAUGCCUAUUAUAUAAAUAUACUUUUUUGCAAACUU